CACGUCUGUAUUGUCACUUUGUAAAUAUGAGCGAAAUCCAAGUUUGGCUCCUAGAAAAUCCAACUGAACACGAGAUACAGAGAUGUCUCCACGUCUUCACAGAGGCUUUCAAGACAGAACCGAUCCUCAACCAGACACACGGUACUAAUCCCAACGACCACGUUCCAUCGCACCUCUCUCGCAUACAAGCUGCCCUGGUCGACUGCCAGCUCUGGGUCGUCGAUCUCGACGGCGAAAUCGGCUGUGUCGGCGUAGUCGCCCCGCCCGGAAAAGACCUUUGGGGAAGUGCAGAACAGAAGAAGCUGCGCGACAAUGCAAUGUCCAACGUCUCCCCCGCCGCCAAACGAUGGCUCGAAACCGAACUGGACCCCCAUCGCCAAAGCAAAUCCCAUCUCCCCGGCGGCGCCACCGCCUCAUACUAUCUCAACGCCCUCGGUACCCACCCCUCGUUCCAAAAAAAGGGCCUAGCGAGCGCGCUCUUAAGAAAACUGGAAGAGCUCGCGCGAAGGGAUAGGACAAGGGUCGCGUUGGUAGCUCACUCGGACCGAGCGGCUAAGGUAUACGAAAAGAAUGGGCUACGGAUCAUCUACCAUGCUGUGCUUCAGUUUGGCGGCGACCUGGGCGAGGGGCCGUAUUACCUUAUGGUGAACGACUGUGGGCUGUCUACGGAAGCGACAUAGCUGUUUGUAAUAGCCAAUCCAUGUAUCAUCUUCUUUGCAUCUGA